AUGGAUCGCUUGUCUUGGUCAUCAGAAGCUAACAGCUUUCGACGUUUCACCCCUGAGUCUUUGGCUACAAUUGAGCAAAGAAUUGCUGAGAAAAAAAAGCAGCCAGACAAAGAAAAAGAGAAGAAUAAGGACCAAGGAGUUGAAGAAGAACAACUUACUCCCCAGCUUGAUCUGCAAGUCUGCAAAAAGCUGCCAUCCCUUUAUGGGGACAUUCCAUCAGAGCUCAUUGGGGAGCCCCUGGAGGAUUUUGAUCCAUACUACAGUGAUCACAAGACUUUUAUGGUGCUAAACAAACAGAGGACUAUUUUCCGGUUUACUGCCACACCUGCCUUGUGUAUAUUUGGUCCUUUUAAUCCUAUCAGAAAAGCAGCAAUUGAAAUUCUGACCAAUUCAGAUUUUGUUGGCUUUAUUAUGUGUACUGUGUUACUCAAUUGUGUGGUUAUGACUGUACGUCAGCUCCCAUCAGCACUCAGGUGGACUGAAUGGUUUUUUACUGCCAUAUAUACUAGUGAAAUAUUGAUAAAAAUAAUAGCAAGGGGAUUUGUUUGGAAUGAAUUUACCUUCCUUCGAGAUCCGUGGAACUGCUUGGAUCUUUCUAUUAUUAUCAUAAUGUACGUUACUACGUUUAAAAAAAUGGGCAGUGUUUCAGCUCUUCGAACUUUCAGAGUGCUGAGGACUUUGAAAGCCAUUUCAGUAAUACCAGGUUUGAAAAUCCUGGUAAAUUCAAUUAUUGAAUCUGUUAGGAAACUUGCUGACGUGAUGAUCUUGACUAUAUUUUGCUUGAGUAUAUUUGCCCUAAUAGGCCUCCAGCUUUUUAUGGGCAAUUUAAGAUUCAAAUGUGUCCUCAAUAAUACUGUGUACAAUGACUCAUUAUGUAAGGAUCCCAAGAUCUAUGUAUCAGGUGAUGAAGGUAAAUAUUAUUCUUUUCUCUCUUUACAUAAUUUGUAUAUCUGCCACAGAAUGAAUGGCUCUUCUGACAUAUUGCUCUGUGGGUUCAGUUCAGAUCCCAAGAAAGAGUGCCCAGAAAACUAUACCUGCAAGAAGAUUGGGCAGAAUCCCGACUUUGGUUAUACAAGUUUUGAUCAUUUUGGCUGGGCCUUCCUCUCUGUAUUCCGUCUGAUGACACAGGAUUCCUGGGAGCGCCUCUACAGACAGACUAUUCGUACAUCUGGAGUGACCUCCUUUUUUUUUUUUAUGGGAGUCAUCUUUUUCUGCUCAUUUUAUCUUUUCAAUCUGAUCUUGGCUGUAGUAACUAUGGCAUAUGAAGAGCAAAACAGAUCUAGUCUUGCUGAAACAGAGACCAAGAAAAAACUACUUCAGGAAGCCCAACAAAUUCUAGAGAAAGAACAGGAGUUGGCUGCAGCAGAAAGCAGUAAGGCCUUGCAGGUUGGGUCUGAAAUGCCAGUUGAUGACUUGAAAAAUUCAAAAGGAAAUGAGAUUAAUGAGGAAACACUUAUUUUAAGACAAAAUGUAAUUUUAGGUGAUCAGGAGAAAGAGGAGCAAAUAUUUAAAUCACAGCCUGGUCACUGCCACAAGAAGCUUAGGCAGAUCCUGCUGUCCUAUGAUGUGUCAGUGGACUCUAUUAAUGAUCCUUACCGAAGACAGAGGUUAAUGAGUGCAGCCACUAUUCUUACAGACUUUUCAAAAUUUCAAAGUUCAAAAGUGAAACGUCCUGCAUUGUGGAAACGUUUUGCUUCAAAGUAUCUAAUUUGGAAUUGUUGUCCAUUCUGGAGAGCAGUCAAAGAGAAGGUGAAAUUGGUGAUUUUGGAUCCAUUUGUUGAACUCUUUAUCACAGUUUGCAUUAUCUUGAACACCUUAUUGAUGGCUAUGGAGCACCCUGGCAUGUUGCCAGAAAACAGAAAAAUGAUUACUAUAAGUGACCAGGUCUUCACCCUGAUUUUUACACUAGAAAUGAUCUUGAAAAUCAUUGCUCUAGAUCCUUACUACUAUUUUCAGAACAAGUGGAAUGUUUUUGAUAGCUUGGUUGUUUUGAUUGGCCUACUGAGCUUUAGAACCAAUCUGUCACCUUUCAGAGUGAUCAGGAUCUUCAAAUUGGCAAAGUCCUGGCCAGCCUUAAAUACUCUUAUGAAAAUAAUUCUAAACUCAUGUGGUGCUCUGAGUAACCUCACUCUGGUUUUGGCUAUCACUGUAUUUAUUUUUGCUGUACUAGGAAUGCAGCUUCUGGGCAGUGAUUAUGAAAAAAACUUCUGUAAAAUAAGCACCAGUGAGGAUUUACGCUGGCAUAUGAAGGAUUUCAGUCAUUCAGUCCUGAUUAUAUUCCGAAUAUUAUGUGGAGAAUGGAUUGAAAUGAUGUGGGAAUGUAUGGAAGUGGCUGGACAAGGCAUCUGUAUUACAAUUUUCAUGCUAGUCCUGGUGAUAGGAAACCUGGUGGUGCUCAACUUGUUCAUUGCCCUGCUGCUGAGUUCGUUCAAUAUUGAUGCCUCAGGAGGACAAGAGGAACCUGGAGAAAGGACUAAAUGUCAGAUUGCCCUUGCACAGAUUCUCAAGGGCUUGAAGUCUGUGAAAGACAGAAUUCUGAAUCCUUGUGGCAGAAAAAUGAAAGGAAGCCUCAAAAAGACAGACAAAAAGAAGACUUUGGAAGAAAUUUCUGGCAAAAACAUAGAGGAUAAUAAUUGUGUCUGUGUUCCCAUUGCAAAAGCAGAGAGUUACAGUGACAAAAGUGAUGAUGACUACAUUGUAUUCACAGAAACAGAACACAGAAAACAGGGAGACAGAUUACGACACAGAGAACACCGACAGAGUUCAGGCAGCUUCAGUCAGAUUUCUGGGACUCCUGAAACUAUAAAUGUUUUCACAGUAACACAUGAAAAGCAAGAGCAAAAAGAGAAAUGUGGUGCUGCUCUCAGCUUUUCUGAAGCCAGCAGUGUGGAUGCAGCUGUUGGUCUGGAGAUGUUUUUCCAGACUGAAAACUCACACCUGCCUAAGGACUGUUUUGGAGAAAAUUGUGGUAAAUGUGUCCCAUGUUGUGUAGUGGAUAUCACUAAGUUUCCAGGCAGAAGGUGGUGGAACUUCAGGAAAACCUGCUACAGAAUUGUUAACCAUAGCGGGUUUGAAUAUUUUAUGAUUUUUGUGAUAGUAUUGAGCAGUGCAGCACUGGCAUUUGAAGAUAUUCACCUGCAAAAUAGACCAACAGUGAAAAUGAUCCUAGAUUGUGCUGAUAAAAUAUUUACCUUCAUCUUUUUGAUGGAGAUGCUUCUGAAAUGGGUAGCUUAUGGAUUGCACAGUUACUUCACAAAUUCCUGGUGUUUGCUUGACUUUGUCAUUGUAUGUGUAAGUAUUAUAUUCAUGUAUAUAAUUGUAUCACCUUGUUCCUCUGGAAGUGGCCUGAAAUCUCUCAGGACUCUUAGAGCACUGAGGCCUCUACGAGCUUUGUCAAGAUUUGAAGGGAUAAAGGUUGUUGUCAAUGCACUCCUUGGAGCUAUCCCCUCAAUCUUCAAUGUUUUGCUCGUCUGUGUUGUCGUUUGGCUCCUAUUUAACAUUUUAGGAGUAAAAUUGUUUGGGAAAAGAUUUUCAAAGUGCAUACUCCAGGAAGGAGAUAUCCGUGCCAUUAAUACCAAAAGUAAUUGUAUAUCCUGUGGUGGAAAUUGGACAAAUUCUCUUGUAAACUUUGAUAAUGUUGGGAUGGGAUACUUGGCUCUGCUCCAAGUGGCAACUUUUAAAGGCUGGAUGGAUAUUAUGUAUGCAGCAGUGGAUUCACGUGAGAUCAAUGAACAGCCAAAGUUUGAAGCAAGCUUACACAUGUACAUAUACUUUGUGGUUUUCAUUAUUUUUGGAUCUUUCUUCAUGCUGAACCUUUUUAUUGGAGUGGUUAUCAACAAUUUUAACCAACAAAGGAAAAAGAUAAGUGGAAAAGAUCUAUUUUUGACUGAGGAACAGAAAAAGUACUAUAAUGCCCUAAAAAAACUUGGAUCCAAGAAACCUCAAAAACCCAUCCCAAGACCAUCGAAUGCGUUCCUGGGAUUGCUGUUUGAUAUCGUAAUGCACAAAGCAUUUGACAUCAUCAUUGUCAUUUUUAUCUGCCUAAAUAUGAUUGUUAUGAUGGCAGAAAAUAACCAGGAAGGCACCAAGAAACUUCUGAAUAAAAUCAACUAUUUUUUUGUGGCUGUAUUUACAGCGGAAUGUGUCAUAAAAGUGCUGGCCUUAAGACAGCAUUACUUCAAAAGCGGCUGGAACUUAUUUGAUUUUAUUGUUGUGGUCCUUUCAAUAGUUAGUAUUGGAGUUUCUGAAGCCUUUCAAAAAUUCAUCUCUCCUACUCUUUUGAGAACUAUUCGUUUGGUGCGAAUUGGCCGAAUCCUGAGAUUGGUUCGAAAAGCAAGAGGAAUUCAAACCCUUCUCUUUGCAUUACUGAUGUCUCUUCCUGCACUGGUCAACAUUGGCCUUUUGCUUUUCCUAAUUAUGUUCAUUUAUGCCGUUGUGGGCAUGGCAAACUUUGCCUGUCUUCCCUGGGAAGGUGGGAUUGAUAACAUUUUCAACUUUCAAACCUUUUCUGGUAGCAUUCUCUGUCUCUUCCAAAUUACAACAUCAGCUGGCUGGGAUAGUCUUCUGGCCCCUUUGUUAAAUGAAUCUGUUACAUGUGCUCCCAACUUAAAUUUAACAGAGACAGAUAAAACUACUUGCAAAAAUAGACCAUUUGGUAUUUUUUAUUUUGUAAGCUAUGUCAUUAUAUCAUUUCUCAUUGUUGUAAAUAUGUACAUAGCUGUCAUUUUAGAGAACUUCAAUGUUGCCACCGAAGAAAGCACAGAUCCUCUUUGUGAGGAUGACUUUGAUAUGUUUUAUGAGACCUGGGGAAAAUUUGAUCCUCUGGCAACACAGUUUAUUGACUAUUCUGCUCUUUCAGACUUUGCAGAUGCUCUGGCAGAACCCUUGCGCAUUCCAAAGCCCAAUAACAUCCAGCUCAUAUCCAUGGACCUCCCUCUAGUGAGUGGAGAUAAGAUCCACUGCUUGGAUAUCUUGCUCGCUUUCAGUAAACGAGUCUUGGGAGAAUGUGGAGAUUUUGAUACACUUAAAUUACUGAUUGAAGAAAAAUUUGUGGCUGCCAAUCCAUCUAAAAGAUCUCACAGACCAAUUUCUUCUACAUUUAAGAGAAAACAAGAGGAGGUAUCAGCAGUUAUUAUCCAAAGGGCCUUCAGGAGGUAUUUGAUACAACGUUCUUUCAAAAAUACAUCUUUCUUAUGCCAUCACAGACAGACCAGUGCUGUCUUUGGAGAAGAAAUGCAGGAGAAGCAAAGGCUUAUUGUAUCAAUGCUUAAUGAAAGUAGUGGCAGGAAGAUACAUAAAUCAAGGCCUGUUUCUUCCACAUCUCUCCCUUGACUUUUUGAUGCUGUUGCUGACACAAAUGAGCUGGACACAUAAGAUUAUCCAGGCUGCAGCAUUUUUGACAUUUAAAGCAAAGUCACAGAUUUUCAGAUGGAGACAAUAUGUGAAUCCCAGAGCAUAAUAGUCUAUAUUUAGAAUAAUGAUGGCAGCCUUCAAGCAUUGUGAUUGUUCACAUUUGCAAAUUCUCCUUAAAAUGAUUAAGAUCUGAACAACUAUGUCAUAAAUAUUGGAGAAAAAUCAAACCAUAGAACUUUUUUCUCUGCUACUGAAUUAGGUGGGUUAAU